AUGGAGCUGCGGGAGAGUGCUGCGCGGCAAGAGCUCGGAAUUGCCGGGCAAAAAUCAUCGAUGGUGACGACGAAUCGAAGCUGGCUGCUGGCGGCGUCUAAGGCUUGCAGCGACAGUGACAAGGCGAGGCAAAUUCACAGCGCGGCCGUGGCGAGCGGGCACGACCGAGACGUGGUUGUGUCAAGCGCGCUGGUGACCAUGUAUGCCAAGUGUGGAGCCCUGCGAGAAGCUUGCACCGUCUUCCACUCCAUCCCCAGCACCGCUCGCGACGUCGUCUCGUGGACGGCGCUCAUGCUCGCGCACGCCAGCAAUGGCGCCGAGGAGCUCGCCCUCCAGAUCUUCGCCACCAUGAUCCGCCACCACUGCGCUCCCGACGCCCAGAGCUUCGUCGUGGCACUCAAGGCUUGCACCAAGCUGGCGGCCAAGGAGAGUUCUUGCACCACGACGAAGAUGGCGAGCUUGGAGAGAGGCAUGGCUCUUCACUGCCAGGCGGCCAAGAGCGGCUGCGAGCUCCACCUGUUCGUGGCCAGCACCCUGGUGGACAUGUACUCCAAGUGCGGCUGCAUGGAGGAGGCGGCCAGAGUGUUCGAAAGAAUGCCCGCUCGCAACGUCGUCUCCUGGACUGCGCUCAUCCACGGCUAUGCCAGCAAUGGAGACGGGCUCAAGAGCUUGGAGCUGCUGGAGCGGAUGAUCCCCCUGUGCCGCCCAAACUCCCAGACAAUCGUCGCCGCGCUCAAGGCGUGCUCGAGCUUGGCCGCCCAAGAACAGACCCAGCCUCUGAUGGCUGACAGUCCAGUGACCAUGAUCAAGGUGGCGGCGCUGGCGCGAGGCUUUGCGAUCCACUCGCGGCUGAUACAACCCGCUGCUGUCGAUGACGUCCUGGUUGCAAACACUCUGCUCGAUCUCUACGCCAAGUGUGGCAGCAUGAGCGACGCCCAGCGCGUGUUUGACAGCAUUCCAUCGAGCUCCAAGACGGUGGUGUCGUGGAACGCACUGAUGCUGGGAUACGUCCACAACGGGAGCGCUGCCACUGCUCUCGAUGCCUUUGCGAGAAUGCCGGACUGUGGCCUGGAGCCCGACGCUCACACCUUCGCAAUCCUUGUCAAUGCGUGUGGAAGCUGCGCGGCCGUGGAGCUUGGGAGAUUCAUCCACAGGGAAGCAUCCCGGCUUGGGGUCCUAGAACAAUUAGCGAGCGCUUCUUCUUCUUCCAGCAUCGUGGUCGCAAACUCGCUGGUGGAUUUCUAUGCCAAGUGUGGGAGCCUGGACCACGCCCAAGCCCUGCUCGAUUCGUGCGCCAAUCGCGACGUGGUGACAUGGUCCGCGCUGCUCGACGGCUACGCGCGCCUCGGCGACAUGGAUCUCCUCUUGGCCUCGCUGCGCCAGAUGCUGGACGAGGGAUUGGAGCCCAGCAGCGUCACAUUCCUGUCGCUGCUCACGGCGUGCAGCCAUGCCGGCCUGGUGGAGCGAUGCAAGCAGGUCCUGGCCAAGAUCCCCCGAAAUCUGCGAUCGCUGGAGCACUACCACAUCCUGAUCGAUGCCCUGGGCCGCGCGAAUCAGCUCGGAGAAGCCCUCACGCUGGUGGAGGCGAUGCCCUUCGACCCCGACCCCGUUACCUGGCUCACGCUCCUCUCGGCAGCUCGCAAGUGGAACAAUCUGGGCGUGGCAUCGCUCGCCUUCCAAAUGCUGGUGGCAAUCGAUCGCGACCACGCCCACGCAGCCUCCGCCUACGUGCUCAUGGCCAAUACGGCCACCAUAGCUGGGAAGAACUAG